CUGGACUGACGAGAGACCCCUCCCUGGCCCCCAGCGCGUCCUCAAUUCGCUUUGUGGGUCCAGACAGCUCAGGAGAGGUGAAAAUCUGAAGAUUGAGGAUCAUGCCGUCAGCCUUUGAAGAGGUGGUCAAGAAUGUGAUCAAAGAGGUGGACCGAAGAGGAGAGCUAAUCCCAGUGGACAGCCUUCGGAACUCUACCAGCUUCAAGCCCUACUGCCUCCUGAGCAGGAAACUCUCAAGUUCGUGGUUCUGGAAACCCCGUUAUAGGUGUGUCAACCUGACAAUCAAGGACAUCCUGGAACCCAAUGCUCCAGAACCAGAACCUGAAUGCUGUGGCCGCUUCUGCGUUUCUGAUGCCGUUGAUGGGAACAUUCAGGGCCAUGUGGCGCUGGCAGGCACAGGACAGGGGAAGAUUUCUGGUGCAGCUGCAGUGUCUGGCAGUUGCAGUGCCUCCAUAAACAUGUGUAUACUGCGUGUGGCUCAGAACACCUGGGAUGUCAUGCAGCAUGAGAGGCAACUACAGACGCCUGAACACAAAAUCCUGCAACAGCUUCGGAGUCGUGGAGAUGAUGUGUUUGUGGUGACAGAGGUGCUACAGACAGAGAAGGAUGUGCAGGUCACCCAGACCCACAGCAAAGAGGGCUUAGGCCAAUUUGCACUGCCUGGAGCCAUAUGCUUACAGGGUGAAGGAAAGGGCUACCUAAGCCAGAAGAAGAUGGUGACCAUUCCUGCAGGCAGCAUCCUUGCAUUCCGGGUGGCCCAAUUGCUCAUUGACCCUAAAUGGGAUAUCCUUCUCUUCCCCAAUGAAAAGAAGCGGACCUUUGAGCUACCCCUGUCAGGCCACAGAAGAGAGGAUGGCCAGAAGCAGCAUGCCUUUAGCCUGCUUGCCACACUACGAUCCGCAGGUGAACGGCUCAAGCUCCUGACAGACGGAAUCCAUGAGGAACAGGUGACCAGAGAAGACUUCCAAGGCCUGCGUGAAGAGGUGAAGGCUGGCGCCACAGAACUGGAGCACAUAGGAAUGGAGUUAAGACAGCAGCUACUGAUGGACAUCGGGAUAAUUUUAUAUGACCAACCCAGCAUGGAAGCCUUGGAGGCCUCACUGGAACAGGGCCUGUGCCAUGGCGGACGGGUGGAACCUCUGGAUGGCCCAGCAGGCAGCAUCCUUGAAUAUCUGGUACUUCCCUCUGGAGAGCUGGUGCUAGAACUCGCUGCCUCUAUCUUCUACCUGUUGGGAGCACUGACUGUGCUGAGUGAAACCCAGCAGCAGCUGCUGGCUAAGGCCCUGGAGGCAACAGUGCUGUCAAAGCAGCUGGACUUGGUGGAGCAUAUCUUGGAGCAGAGCACCCCAUGGCAGGAGCAGAAGUUUGUGCCCCUGCCUCCCAGGCUCCUUGAGAACAGCUGGGAUGAGAAGGCUCCCACCUGGAUCUUGCUAGAAGAAUGUGGCCUAACACUGCAGGUGGACACCCCCCAGGUGCAUUGGGAACCAAAAUCUCAGGGCCCCACUUGUGCACUCUAUGCUUCCCUGGCCCUGUUGUCAAAUCUAAGCCAGAAACCUUGCUAGCCUGCAUGCCUCCCUUCCCCCAACACCCUCCUGUCCUACCCUCCAGCCAGGGCAGGAUCUUGCCUAACAAAGCCUCUAGGAAAGUCAAGAGCCUAACUCAACCACAGGGCUAGAAUGAAAUGAGGCAGGCCCAGGAGUUGGAAAAUUCAAUAAAUGUACAAAGAAAAGACUAGCAA